GACCCCGGUAAACAACUAACCCAGCGUAAAAACGGAGGAGGAGGCUUUCUUAUAAGGACCGGAAGCGGAAGUGAAGAAACAUGCAGGACCACCAGCACGUGCCCAUUGACAUCCAGACCAGUAAAUUGCUUGACUGGCUGGUGGACAGGAGGCAUUGCAAUCUGAAAUGGCAGAGCUUGGUGUUAACUAUCCGAGAGAAGAUAAAUGCAGCCAUCCAGGACAUGCCAGAAAGCCAGGAGAUUGCACAGCUGCUCUCUGGAUCUUACAUUCACUACUUCCAUUGCCUGCAAAUUGUGGACCUCCUCAAAGGCACUGAAGCCUCCACAAAAAAUAUUUUUGGCCGCUACUCUUCACAGAGAAUGAAGGACUGGCAGGAGAUCGUGUCCUUAUAUGAGAAAGAUAGCACUUACCUUGUGGAGAUCUCUAGCCUCCUAGUUCGGAAUGUUAGCUAUGAGAUACCCUCCUUGAAGAAGCAGAUCGCCAAGUGUCAGCAAUUGCAGCAGGAAUAUAGCCACAAGGAGGAAGAGUGCCAGCUGGGAGCUGUGGAGAUGAAGGAGCGCUUCUAUAACUCCUGCAAGCAGUAUGGCAUCACUGGGCACAGUGUCCGAAGGGAGUUGCUGGCACUGGUGAAGGAGUUGCCGAGUUUGUUGACUGAAACUGGGGCCAAGGUUGAGUCCCUGUGGGAAGCUAUUGAGCUCUACCAGGCCUGUGUGGGGUUUGUGUGUGAAAGCCCCACUGAGCAGGUGGUUCCCAUGCUGAGACACGUGCAGAAGCGGGGAAACACAACUGUGUAUGAAUGGAGGACAGGGACAGAGCCUACAGAGGUGGAGCGGCCCAGUUUGGAGGAGCCCCCAGAGCAGGUGGCGGAUGAUGCGAUUGACUGGGGCAACUUUGGGAUAGAGUCAACUUCAGAGGGGAUUAAGUAUGGCAUCUCUGCUGAGACAGAUGAAAUUGACUGGGGAAUCUCACUGGAGCCCGAUUCAAAGGAAGCUGGUAAUGAAGGAAUAAAUUGGGGAGAUGGAGAUGCUGAUCCCUUGCAGAUAACAGUGGUAGAAGCAGGAACUGAGGCUCCAGAAGGUGUCGCAAGGGGUCCAGAUGCUCUGACUCUUCUUGAAUACCCUGAAACCCGGAAUCAGUUUAUUGAUGAACUCAUGGAGUUGGAAAUCUUCUUGUCCCAGAGAGCCCUGGAGAUGAGUGAAGAGGCAGAUAUCCUAUCAGUGAGCCAGUUCCAACUGGCUCCGCCCAUCCUGCAGGGUCAGACCAAAGCCCAGAUGGUUGCCAUGGUGUCAACUCUGCAGGAUCUGAUUGGCCAGCUCACUAGUCUUCGAAUGCAACACCUGUUUAUGAUCCUGGCCUCACCAAGGUAUGUGGAUCGAGUGACUGAUCUACUCCAGCAGAAACUGAAGCAGUCAGAACUGUUGGCCCUGAAGAAAGAGCUGAUGGUCCAGAAGAGGCAGGAAGCUCUGCAGGAGCAGGCAUCCCUGGAGCCCAAACUGGACCUGCUGAUAGAGAAGACGAAAGAGCUGCAGAAGCUGAUCGAAGCAGACAUUUCCAAAAGAUACAACGGCCGCCCCGUGAACCUGAUGGGAACCUCCCUGUGAUGUCUCCUGCCUUCUCACUUGCUCAGCCUUUGGGACAGAGGCGUGCCAGACAGGAUGGCAAUGCUGUAGGCCUCUCUAGUUGGAACAGGCAGCAAAUGGGGAGAUGGUCAACAAGAAAACCUCAAAAAACUGUGUGAAGGGGAGGUUUUAGAGAACUUGCUCUUUGGUUCUUUACACUGUGAGAAGCCAUCUUGUUUGGCUUUGCAGUCUGCUUGCCUAUACCCACUGUUUCCAGUUUGAUAGGGCUUAAUUAAAAAAAAAUGCAUCAA